AGGCAAGGGAAGCAGCUACGAGGGCCUUGAGUGUUCUUGGUCUCUCUUCUCUUCUUUUUCUUGUACUUCCAGUUACUACAGACACUCCCCGACGCCAUGAGUAAGUCUCUACAUUCCAGUCAGUCGAUAUCCGAGCGGAGAUUCGCCGAGAAGCUGACCAUACUGACAGAGAGGGGACAUGGCCUUUUAACCCGUAUUUACUCUAUAAAGAAGAUAUGCUCAGACUCCUCUCAGAGACCAUCAUUCCUAAGCGAGAAGGCACUAGAGUCUGCUCUUAAACACAUUGCAAAGAAGUUUCCUAAUUUCGACUCAAAGGAUAAAACUCACCUGACAGUCAUUAGUAGUUUCCAGAAGGACAUCAUGACUCUCCUUCCUAAUCAUUACAGCACGUUUGUUGAUGUCAUGGAGUUUCAUGAUGCUAGCAUUGAAGUAAUAACAUCUCUAGCAACCGUACAAUUCAAUUUCGACAUUGCCCUCAAUUUUGAUCUGACAAAGGGCCUCCUUGAUCUGGUGACCAUAUAUGCCUCAAUGAUGAUAAUGUUAGGGCAGAUUGAAGACAGGAAGAUCAUAUGUGGACUUUAUAACAUUGCACACGAGACAACACGUGGAGCACCUGAUGCCAGCUUUCCAAGACUGGCUCAAAUGAUAGUUGAAUUUGAGCACCCAAUAAGAAGAAUGUCUGAGGAAUUCCAACCUAUAUCAAAGAUUGUUGCACAGGCUGUCCUUUCCUUAUAUAAGGUUUUUGUAAGACGUAACUUACCAGCCGACCAGAUGAGACAGCAGCAAGUACUCAAUCUCUCUGGCAAUCCUAACACAUUUCUUGCUCCUAAUCUAAGUGGAGAGCUCCCAUGUGAAACACUGUCAUUAGAAUCCAUGACUAAAUGGAUAUUAUUUGGUUUCCUGGUCUGUCCUCACCAGUUGACAGCUGACGGUGCCACAGACCUGUGGAAACUAGCACUCCAGGACAGCUACGUACUGAACCUGUUCAGAGACGAUCACCUCCUCAUUCACAACGUCUUUGAGAAGUUCCUCCAAGAACUAAAGACUAAAGAAGAUAAGAAAAGAGCAAAUGAAGUCUCGGAACAACUCAAUUUGGUUUUGCAGCAUGCUGGCCCAAUGCAUCGUGAGCGUAGACGCUAUCUCCGUACCUCACUCAAUGAACUGUAUAACUUUCUAUCAGAUCAACCCGGACUGCUAGGCCCUAAGGUGUCUACAGUCCUAUUGGCACUGACGUUAGCUAGAGAUGAAGUGUUUUGGCUGAUGAAACACUCGAAUGUCCAAACUCCUAAAGGAAAAUACAAGCCGAACCCUGAUGAUUAUAAUGACCCGUUCCUACCAGAACUAUUGUUUGAGACUCUUAGACUUAAAGCUUUGGUGAGGAGGCAUCGUAAAGUCAUUCAGAAUUAUCAUUUGAAGUUUCUUGGAGGAUUUGAUGCUGCACAGAUGAGAGAAAUAGUCAUGAGAAUGACUGUCUGUCCAGAGGAAGAGUCUAUCCUAAUGACUUCAUUUGUGGACUGUCUUUCCAAACUGCAGGGACACGAAAUGGAUGAUAAGACAGAAUAUGAUUUCCAGGGUCUCCGCCUCGACUGGUUUAGGCUCCAAGUCCUGACCAGUGUUUAUAAGGCACCACUCAAGUUAUGGGAGAGAGACAACUGUCAGUUGGCCUGGACUAUGAACAUGGUUACGGUCCAUACUUCAUUUGUUGAUAACUUCGAAGAGACUCUAAUUAAUGCCUCCGACAUGUCAUUCAUGUGUUUCUUCUUCCGUCAGCUGGAGACAGACUUUGCUCGUUGCCUAAAGAAUCCUUCACAGUUGAGAUACCUCAUUGCAUUCCCACUCGUCAGCUCCGAGUUCCUUAACGCCAGCACUCGGUUCUGCCCAGAAGAACGCACAGCAAUUGGCGAGAAGGCGGUCAAUUCAAUCAAUGGCUUCCUUGAACAGAUUGCUAAGGAAGUGAGGGGAGUCAUGGGCCAGCUGUGUGCUGAACACAUGAAGAGAGACGAAGUGUUACAUGUGACGUAUGGUGCUGGUCAUUAUAUUGCUCACCACAAGCCAAAGAGUAAGUCAAAAGGAGGGCCAAAGGUCCCACCACAGGAAGUGAAACCAGGAGAGGAGAGCUAUAGGAGAUCGAGGGAAGAUAUGACGAAUUCUGAUCAUGCAGUACGGACCCUUAUUGAUCUCUGCUUUACUGUAACAGUUUUCCCAAGUAUAUCUGCUUGGGACCACACCUUCACACCAAGAGAAUAUCUUCUGCCCCAUUUAGAAGAACUUUUUAUCAAGAAUGUGUUUUCAAUGAUGAAGUACAAUCCUGAUACUCAAGAUAUAGCUCGUCCCUCAGAGGUACUCAUUAGGAUCCAGUCGUACGUCUCAACUCUAAGAAACCUUGAGCUCUAUGUUAAUGUUGACAUGACCAGAGUCCUGACAUCAGUCCUACUUCAAGAGACACAACCACUGGACAGUAAAGGAGAGGCUACAAUAGCCAGCACCUACUCUGCAUGGUAUAAUAGUGUCCUAUUGAAGAGGGUCUCUCAAGGUGGUAUAUGCUACAGUAAGAACAGGAUGGCUUUUGUCAGUCGUAGAGUGAUGUCAUUCAAAGCUGAAGAAUAUUCUGAUGUUCAAGAGCUUCAGUCACUAGCAGAGAUAGUUGGUCCCUAUGGUAUACAGUAUAUGGGGGAUAGACUAAUGGAGCAAGUCAGUGCUCAAGUGAAGGAGAUAAGGAAACUGGUUGAGCAGAAUCAGGACACAUUACUAGCACUCCACACCAACAGAGAUAAACCUGAUAUAUUCAACGACUUAUUCAGGAAACUGAGAAACGGCGAGGACCUCAUGCAGCGUGUUACUAUAAUUGGGACAUUAAUGGGCUUCAGGAAACUCUGCCUCCAAGCUUUGCGAGCUGUCCUGGAGAGAAGGAUACCUUUCAUGUUCAUGUCCAUACUGGACUUCAAGUCAAACCUCGGGGACAAGGAUACCAGGACUGCUGAUCCAAUGGCCAUAGCCGCUGGCAUUGAAUGUGAUGUUGAUCCUCUUUUAUCAAAUGUAAUCAAGUCACACUGUGAUAAAAGUCCGGAUGAUAGGCAGAUAUGGUUCCUUUUCCUUGUGUUUAUUGGUGUCUAUCUGCCAGAACUAGCAAUGAAAGAAGAGUCACAGUUCCUUCCCAGCUAUGAAGGUCACAGUAAUAAUGUUCACUGUCUUGCUAUUGCUGUCAAUGCUAUUGCUGGUGCUGUGUUUGGUCUGUAUGGUGUCCAAGAACAGAAGGACAGAAUGAAGGAUUUCAUCAUUUUUACUUCAUCACGUAUUAUGACACUAGCCAAAGAAGCUGACAGGGAGAAAGAUGCACCAAAGUCUAGGGAGGCCAUUUAUGUUCUAUUGGACUUGUUUGUAAAAGAAUCUCCAUUCCUUACUCGUGAUCUGUUAGAGUCUUGCUUCCCAUACUGUCUCUUAAGAGAUGCUUAUAAUUCUGUCUAUAGGAAGCCUCCUGUCUCCAAGAAGAAAGACAAAGAGGUUGACUUAGAGGCUCCUUUUUAGUUUAUCAUGACAAGAAACUUAUACCAGUACACGUAGAGAUUGAUAAAAAUCACAGAAUUUACGAACGAUAUUAGUUUAUUAUUACUAAUUGUUAUUGAUAUUAUAAUUAUUAUUAUUACUUCUGUUACUGUUUUUUUGCAAUAAUGUAUAAUCAUAGAUACAGUGUACUCAA